AUGGAGAUCCCCGAAGGGAUUGAUGAGAAUAAUGCUUGUAGAGUAGUGAUUGAUGUAUGCUCCUUCUCAACUAUUGAAGAUGGUCGAGCGGUGUACCGAAAGGGCAGAUGUUUGGAGUGGUGGGUAGAUUCAGAUGAGUACUCUAUCAUUGACAUGGAGACGGAUGUUUUCAAACAUUUUGCUUGGGCAAGCAACCAAGAGGCAAAUUUUUGGUUUGCAAAUAAAAAAGGUCAAACGACUCGCCUUGCUACUGAUCAAGAGCUUCUUACCUUGCUACGGGUUUCAAAAAAUGUGAAGUUCAUCAUGACUGUUGAUAGAUGUGUCACUCAAAUGGGGGAUCAAAAUCAGGUCAUAGAUGAGGAUAAUAACCUGCAACUUGUAGUCAGCAAUGAAGGUCUAGAUAAAGUUGUAGGUCCAGAAUAUGAAGGUCAAGAAUGGGCAGAUGAACCAGAACUUGGGGUUUCAGCAGCUGGUCCUGCUAGAGUAGAGGAGGAGGAGAAGGAGCACUAUAUGGACCAUGGUUUUGACCCUGAGGAAGAUGAUCCGGUUGGAGCAGAUGAAGAAUGGAGAUAUUUCAAGAAGCAACAGAAGGAAAAGAAAAAAGUGGAGAAGAAAGGGAAGGUAUAUGAAGAAGGGCAUACAUGCGCGAGCACAAGCCAAGUGAAGGGUAAGGAAGCCACUAAAGGUUGGAUCGCCGACAGGGCAAAAGGGAUACUCAUGUCAAAUCCAUCCUUGGGAGCAAAGAAGAUGAAGGAUCAGCUUGAACAACAAUUCCCAAUCAAACUAUCAUAUAACAAGUUCCUUACUUGGAAGCAGAACACAAACAGAUUUGGUCAAGAGCUAAGUUUUCAGGGAUGUCGUGAGCCCCCUACUGAACUUGCUGCUGAAUUACCACCAUCACUUCCUACCAAAUCUAGUAAAAGAAAGGGAGGAUGUGGUACUUCAAAAUGCAAGAAUGCUUCCAAAAAGUCCAAGAAGAAUGCUACAGGAACCUCUACUUGUGAGCCCCCUACUGAACUUGUUGUUGAACCUGGUAAAAGAAUGGGAGGAGGUGGUACUUCAAAGAAUGGUACAGGAAUAACCUCUACUUCUUUAGUCAGUCAAUCACCUGGUACAGCUACAGCUAGCCCCUCUACUUCCUUAGCCAUCCAAGCACCAGUUAGUCCAGGAUCAACAACAAGAAGGAUGGCAGCUUCUGUUUCUACACAACAAGACCACCAGGCACACCAGUGA